UGAGCGCUUGCUUACACGUCAAAUGGUUGGAUUUGGAAACAAUUUCCGAUUAAAUGUUGCUAAAAAGCUUUAAGAGUGGAUAAAUAUCGUAAAAUACGUGUUUAUUAGGGAUAAUUAGUAAUUUUUAAUAAGUUGGAUGUAUAAAGCAAGAGGCUUCAUCAUUCCUUAGUUGUAUAAACUAAUGUUUUUCUAGGCUAAGCUAUCGAACAGAAAUGGGUGGUCUAUUUAGUUACUUCCGAGGGUUGCUAGGAGCACGGGAAAUGAGGAUUUUGAUCCUCGGUUUGGACGGCGCCGGAAAGACCACAAUAUUGUACAAACUACAAGUCGGAGAGGUGGUUACGACUAUUCCAACAAUCGGUUUCAACGUGGAACAAGUCACAUACAAAAAUUUAAAGUUCCAAGUGUGGGAUUUGGGAGGACAAACUAGCAUUAGACCUUAUUGGCGAUGUUACUAUGGCAACACAGAUGCAAUAAUAUAUGUUGUAGACUCAGCCGACAGGGAUCGAAUAGGAAUAUCUAAAGAUGAGCUAGUACAUAUGUUAAGAGAAGACGAGCUAUCAAAUGCAAUCCUAGUGGUCCUGGCCAACAAACAGGACAUGGCAGGCUGCCUCACCGUGGCUGAGGUCCACCAGGCACUGGGGCUGGAUGCACUCCGUGACAGAACCUUCCAGAUAUUCAAGACUUCCGCUGUUAAGGGAGAGGGUCUUGAUCAGGCGAUGGACUGGCUUUCCAAUGCGCUGCAGGCUAGGAAAUAACAUUGAGAUAUGUGAUGUAUGAAGAUAUCAAAACCAAGAUGAAUUGCAAGCGUGUGUGGUGUGUGGAAGAAUAUAGUCAAGUUUACGCCCUUAGAGUAGCGUCGCGUCGCCGAAUACAACUGAAUCCAUCACAAACCAAACCCUUUCAUUUAUUUCCUAACUAGGUGAUACCCGCGACUUUGUCCACGUUUUUAGGGUUCCGUACCUCAAAAGGAAAAACGGAACCCGUAUAGGAUCACUUUGUUUUAAAUUCAGAUACCAGCUAACCCUUGACUGCAAUCUCGCUUGGUAGUAAGUGACGAUGCCGUCUAAGACGGAAGCGGGCUACACUUGAAGGGGUAUUUUGUAACCCAUUCCCCUUAAGUUUCUACUCGGCAUCGUACCGGAACGCUAAAUCGCUUAGUGGCAAGAUUUUCUGGGAUAAAAACAAAUUGCUCUACUUCUUCGAUGUUGAUUUAUGUUUUGGAAAAUCCAGUGGAAACUCCUUGAAUUUCCGGGAUAAAAUUAGUCAUGUUACUCUUCAGGUCUUAAACUUUAAUCCAUGCAAAAAAUCACGCCCACCCGUUGCCCUGUUGAGACGUGAUUAAAGGACAAACCAAUAAAUAAACAAACAAAUACAUUUUUGCAUUUAUAAUAUGGCUAAUGAUUUUUAAUAAAUAUAGGUAUCUGACUAUCCAAACAAAAUUUUUAAGGAAAUAGUAUCGCUACAAAAUAUUCAAUGUGUUUAGGUCUUUAAAUGCAUUUUUUUCUGUGUGAAAGACCUUUAAUGUAAUAAAUAUUAUGAAAAUUGUGUCUGUAUGAAAAAUUAUAAAUUGUGAUAUGUGAUCUAGCUUCGCGCUAAUGUAUUGUAAUAUUAAUAAAAUUAUUUUAACG